AUGUUUGAAACUUUUAACAGUGUUAUAAUUGGACCAAGACAAAAGCCAAUUAUAAUAAUGAUGGAGGAGAUUAGAGGGUACCUCAUGGAUAGAUGUGCAACUAAUAGAGCCAAGAUUGAAGAGUAUAGAAAAUUUGUUCUUCCAAUAAUUAAAAAAUUGCUUGAAAGAAGGAAAGACAUGUCUAGGUUUUUUAUACCAAGGUUGUCAGGUGACAUGAUUUAUGAAGUGAGGCAUACAAGUUUGAGUGGUGAAAAAUUUACAGUUGACCUCAGAAGGUUGGAGUGCUCUUGUAGGAGUUGGAUGCUAACUGGCAUACCAUGCUACCAUGUAAUUUCUUACAUGUAG